AUGUGUAUAUCUGCAUCUACCAAUACAAGUAUUUUUGAUAUUGGUAUAUGUAAUAAAGCAAGUGCAACAGAUGCCGAUGCAGCUAUCAUUCAAAAAGAUAGGACGAAUAGUUCAGAUACUGGUGUUGUUGUUGGAAAAUUAACAACUGUUGAAUUAGUUACAACAGACACGUGGUUAAUGUUAACCUAUAGAAAUAAUAACACUGAUACUGGCAUUUGCAAUAAUCAAACGUCUGCAUCAAUACUAUUUGUUUGUGGACAAAAUUCGUCAGGUGCUACAGCAUUAUUGGAUUACUUAAUUCGUACACCACGCUGUUCAUAUGUAUUUCAAGUUGAAGUACCCGAACUAUGUCCAAAACAGCCAAAGAAAAGCAUGAGUGGCGGUGCUAUAUUUCUUAUUAUUUUACUUGUCAUAUCAGGUGUUUAUCUUAUCGGAGGAUUUUUAUACAUGAGAUUUACUCGUGGUGCAAGAGGUCUCGAACAAAUACCUCAACGUGAAAUGUGGAUGAAACUAGGGCAUCUCGCAGCGGAUGGCUGCGAUUUUUGUUGUCGUUGUAACAUGUCAACGCCAAGACCCGGUUAUUUUCUUGAUGACAAUGCAUCUGAUUUACGCGGCGACGAUGAUAUAUUAGCUCCCUAG